CAUGGAUUAAGAAGGAGGCGGCGUGGGAGGAGGAAGAUGGCGGCUGGCAAGAGCGGCGGCAGCGCUGGGGAGAUUACUUUUCUGGAAGAAGAUCAAGGAGCUUCCAGAAACACCAACAGCACCAAACAGCUGCCUGAUAAUGACCUUGGACAAAACUAAAUGUAUGCUGGCAUCCUGCCGAAAGGUCCAUAGAAACCCACUGAAUGGAAUGAAGAACUUUGGCUAGAUCAGAAUCUAAGAGAGAUGGAGGUUUUAAAAAUAAUUGGAGCUUUGAUCAUGGAGACGAAAGUGAAGGAGAUACAGAUAAAGAUGAGGCAAAUCUACUCAGUGUCGAUGAAGAUGAGGAUUCCGAGACUUCAAAAGGAAAAAAAGUUAAAUCGUCAAUCUGGAAUUGUUUCUACCAGUUCUGGUGAUCCCUGGAAGACAUGUACAAGACGAAGCAAGGCUGAAAGUUUAAAACCUUUAAAAGGCAACCCAAUUGGACUUAACAUGUUAAGCAACAAUAAGAAAUUGAGUGAAAAUGCACAAAAUGCAUCAAUAUGUUCUGGAACUGUAGUUCAUGGUAGACGUUUUCAACAUGCUAAUGCACAGAUAUCACUAGUAAAAACAGCAGCCCAAAGCAGUCUGGACCAAAAGGAAAGGAAAGAAUACCCACCUCAUGUACAAAAAUUUGAAAAUAAUUCUGUAAGGUUGAGUCGGCCUCAAGGUGUUGAUCGCGUAAUGAAGAAAACUGAAGAGUCUGAAUCACACCUGGAGUCUGAAAUUAAAAGGAAAGUACCACAGAAACGUCACAGUAGCACAUAUCAGUCUCCGCCUCCUCUGUCUCCUGCUUCAAAAAAAUGUUUAACUGAUUUAGAGGAUUUGCAAAGAAAUUGCAGACAAGCUAUAACUUUGAGUGAAUCUGCUGGACCAUUAUUAAGAACAUCAAUUCAUCAGAAUUCUGGAGGACAGAAGGCACAAAACACAGCAUUACCAUCCAAGAAGUUUUAUGGCAACAGUGUGGGAAAGAUUCCAGUUGAUAUUAUUGUGAAUUGUGAUGAUAGUAGACAGAAUUAUUUACAGACUAAUGGGAAAGUCAUUUUACCUAGGGCAAAAGUAGCCAAAAUCACAAACCUGAAAGAAAGGAAAACAAGCCUGUCAGACCUAAAUGAUCCAAUAAUUUUGUCCAGUGAUGAUGAUGAUGAUGACAAUGACAGGACUAACAGAAGAGAAAGCAUAUCUCCUCAACCUGCUGAUUCAGCAUGUUCUUCCCCAGCACCAUCCACUGGAAAAGUAGAAGCAGCACUAAAUGAAAAUAUCUGUAGAGUAGAGCAUGAACUAAGAAGCAUUCCAGCAGAUUCAGAGUUAAAUACAGUUACAUUGCCAAGAAAAGCAAGAAUGAAAGACCAGUUUGGUAAUUCUAUUGUCAACACACCUCUAAAACGUCGUAAAGUGACGUCUCAAGAAACUUUAGUUGAUCCUGUAUCUUUAAGCUGCCAAAGUUCCUUUGACAGUGUCAUUUUAAACUGUCGAAGUAUACGAGUAGGAACACUCUUCCGGCUAUUAAUAGAGCCUGUAAUUUUUUGUUUAGAUUUUAUCAAGAUACAGCUAGAAGAACCAGAAAAUGAUCCUGUAGGGAUUACUUUAAAUACCUCUGAUCUAACUAAAUGUGAAUGGUGUAAUGUCCGAAAAUUGCCAGUCGUGUUUCUUCAGACAAUACCAGCAGUUUAUCAAAAGCUGAGCAUGCAGCUGCAAAUGAAUAUGGAGGAUAAAGUUUGGAAUGAUUCUAAGGGAACAAAUAAAUUAAAAAAUUUGGAAGAACAAUACAUAAUUUUAAUUUUUCAAAAUGGCCUUGAUCCUCAGGCAAAUAUGGUAUUUGAAAGUAUCAUUACUGACAUUGGCAUAAAGAAUAAUGUGUCCAAUUUUUUUGCAAAAAUCCCCUUUGAAGAAGCCAAUAGCAGACUUGUUGCCUGUACAAGAACAUAUGAAGAGAGCAUCAAAGGAAGUUGUGUGCAAAAGGAAAACAAAAUUAAAAAUGUGUCUCUUGAAUCUAAAAUACAACUUAAAAACAAGCAAGAAUUUCAAUUUUUUGAUGAUGAUGAAGAAACUGGAGAGAAUCAUACCAUCUUCAUGGGCCCUGUGGAAAAAUUGAUAGUAUAUCCACCACCUCCAGCUAAGGGAGGCAUCUCUGUUACUAAUGAGGAUCUGCACUGUCUAAGUGAAGGAGAAUUUUUAAAUGAUGUUAUUAUAGACUUUUAUUUGAAAUAUUUGGUGCUUGAAAAACUGAAGAAAGAAGAAGCUGACCGAAUUCAUAUAUUCAGUUCUUUUUUCUAUAAACGCCUUAAUCAGAGAGAAAGAAGAAAUCUUCACGAAACAACUAAUCUAUCAAUACAGCAAAAGCGACAUGGGAGAGUAAAAACGUGGACCCGGCAUGUAGAUAUUUUUGAGAAGGAUUUUAUUUUUGUACCCCUUAAUGAAGCUGCACACUGGUUUUUGGCUGUUGUUUGUUUCCCUGGUUUGGAAAAACCAAAGUAUGAACCUAAUCCUCAUUACCAUGAAAAUACAGUCAUGCAAAAAUGUUCAGCUGUAGAGGACAGUUGUAUUUCUUCUCCUUCAGCCAGUGAAAUGGACAGUUGUUCACAAAACUCUUCUGCCAAGCCUGUAAUUAAGAAGAUGCUAAACAGAAAACAUUGCGUAGCUGGAAUUGAUUCAAGUGCCGAACAGGAAGAAAGUGACCCUCAUUAUCGGAGAAACAUAGGCAGCGUGAAAUGUAGUCUGAAAAAAAUAAAUCAUACUGCAAGUGAAAAUGAAGAAUCGAAUAAAGGAGAAUCUGCAUGCCAGAAAGUUAAUGAUAGGACUAAAAGUGAAAAUGGCCUACAGAAUGAAUAUUUAAGUUCUGUGCACCAUACAGAUGGCUUAAGCAAAAUUAGACUAAACUAUAGUGAUGAAUCAACUGAAGGUAGCAAAAUGCUUGAAGAUGAACUCAUCGACUUCUCAGAAGAUCAGGAUAACCAGGAUGAUAGCAGUGAUGAUGGAUUCCUUGCCGAUGACAACUGCAAUUCAGAAAUAGGACAGUGGCAUUUAAAGCCUACUAUCUGUAAACAACCUUGUAUCCUACUGAUGGACUCACUUAGAGGCCCUUCUCGAUCAAAUGUUGUAAAAAUUCUAAGAGAGUAUUUAGAGGUGGAAUGGGAAGUUAAAAAAGGAAGCAAAAGAAGUUUUUCCAAAGAUGUUAUGAAAGGCUCUAAUCCAAAAGUACCCCAGCAAAACAACUUCAGUGAUUGUGGUGUAUAUGUGUUACAGUAUGUAGAGAGCUUUUUUGAGAAUCCAAUUCUCAAUUUUGAACUACCUAUGAAUUUGGCAAACUGGUUUCCUCCCCCAAGAAUGAGAACAAAAAGAGAAGAAAUCCGAAACAUAAUUCUGAAGCUUCAGGAAGAUCAGAGCAAAGACAAAAAGAAGCAUAAGGACACUUACUCAACAGAAACAUCUUUAGGUGAAGGAACAGAACAAUAUGUCAAUAACAUCUCAGAUUGAUCCAUUUCUGAUGCUUGUCAGUAUUGCCUUCAGAAACUGAGUGGCUUUCAGCUUUGGAUAUAGACAGUAAAGAACUGAAGUGUUCACUACUCAGAGUGAUCUGGAAAUGUUAAUGCUUGUAUAAAUGUCAUAUAAUUAAUUUCCGAUGGAGUAUGUAUUAAGUAAAAGUUUGUAAAUAUGUUAAUGAGGCCAAUUUUUCCAGCAUUUAUAAUUAUUUUUUUCACUUGUUAGGAAGCUUUUGUUAUGUAUUUUCUGUUAAUAGUACUUAAAACUGCAACUUCUAAACACAAAAUAAAUAAAAAGAAAAUAUUUAUAGGAGGAAAUGAUUAAUUUGAUAUUCUUUAGUGAAUUUGUAUUAAAUUCCUUAGUGAGUGUGACAUAUUUCAUGGGAAUAUUCAAGUAUCUAUGAUAAUCUUUUGACCUUCUGCAUUUGUUCUAAAAUAACUUGAAACAUGAAAAUAUGAUUAAAUAUAAGACAUUUUGGACAAGAAAGACAUCUUCAUAUGCUUGUAUAGUGGAAAAAAAUAACAGCUUUUUAAUUCAUACACUCCCUUGUGUUCAGAGAACCCCAAAAAUGUAAUAUUUAUAAUUUUACACAAAUAUUUAAGAAGCAGUAUUAAGAGAAAUUCAAAGAAAAAUAACCUUGAAUUAUACUACUAAAUAAUAAUUAUACUUUAUCAUACCUUAUUGUCAAGUACAUUUCUGAAGACAUCAAAGACUCAGGUUAAAACUAUUUUGGUAAGUGCAGCUUAAAUUUCAAAUAUCCCAUGUUACCUUUCUAUAUUAUAGCUUAAAGUAUGCUACAAUCUGUGUGAUAUAGUUAAUUAAUAAACGUUUUUAAUCUGUGUGGACACAGGAAUUUAAAUAGGAAUUUACUAUUUUUUGUAAUGGCUUUUGCUAUUUUUUCAUUGCUCAUUUUGUUCUCGUUAUUUUGAUAAACAAAGUAUCAGAUUUCUGUG